AUGCGUGCACCACUCGUGUUGGCGCUUGGUGCGCUGUGUGCAUCGGUCUGUGCAAUCAAGUUUGAGAUAGAGUCGAGCAAGCAUCCGACGCCAUUUUGUCUUUGGAACUAUGCACUUCAAGAUACCCUUGCGAUAGUGUCCAUCUCGGUCGUGCCGCGCGAUGUUCGCACAGCAGACGACCAAAGUAUCGAAGUGAUGGUCGUGGAUAAGGUGCACCACAAUGUGUACCUGCAUAAGAAAGGCCUGCAGGACGAAACGCGUUUGGCAAUCAAUACGCACCACGACGCGGAUCUCGGUGUAUGUAUAUCGAACCGCGGCAAGCGGAACCAUCUCAUUUCCGACAUCGACUUGGAUGUGCAACUCGGAGGCGAUGCUAUCGACUAUAACGCCAUUGCGAACCAGGAGUCGCUCUCUGGCAUGGAGACGGAGCUGCGCAAGCUGGCCAACACCGCCGACGAGAUUCUCGAGGAAAUGGAGUACCUCAAAGCGCGCGAGCUUCGUCUCAGUGCGACGAACGCUUCAACGCUGCGCCGCGUGCAUGGAUUUGCCUGGUUUUCCUUGUUUGCUGUGGUUGUACUGGGCGCAUGGCAGGCGUAUCAUUUACGUGGAUUUUUCAAGCGCAAGUACCUCAUCGACUAG